ACAUCGGGCCCGCGCUGGAACCUCAGUUAGUUGGUGACGACCCGCUCCGGCCUGCUCCUCGCCAGCCAGGUCCCUAAACGCCUGCUCCAGUCUUUCACGGUAGGCUGGAUCCACAUCCUUGCCGUGACCUUAAGGAAUACCUGCCAGUCUGGGCCGCUAGGGUGCACCCCACACACGUCCCCGGACUUUCCCGCCCCUGGAGCCUUGGGCGUGGAGUUCACAGUAUGCGGAGGAACUCAGAGACGUUAGGAACGCUGAAGCUGAAUGACAAAGUCUGCCCGAGCCUUUUUUGCCUGCGCGGACCCGGAAGCUGGGUAUCCGAAGGAACACACUGAAGGCUACGCACGUCCGGAAACCGAUACCGAGUGGUUUUCCCCAGGCCGGUGGGUGGGUAGGCGAGCAGCCCCGAGUGGGUGGAACAGCCCCUCUGGCAGCAGGGACAGCUACUGGUUCAGCCCACUUCACCUGAAAAUGUGAAGAGAACAACUGUCUAAGACAAGAAGAGUCUAAUAGGUGGUACCCACAUCUGAGGACCAGAACCAUUUUGGGGAGCCAAAGCCAGUGACUUCUCUACUUCCCUCUCCUAGCACCUACCUCACCUGACAUUUCAAGGAAGACUUGGAAACUGGGAGCACUCCAGGCAGCUUUUCCCUAAGCCAUGAAGCUUUGGGCCCAAAUGCUAUGGGCCCUCCUUUCUGGCCCUGGGAGAAGGAGGGGAGGCAUCCGAGGCUUGGCAUUCAGCUCCUGGCAGUCCCACCCACCUCUGGCUGGGCUGUUGAGUCCCACAGGGUUGGUCAGCCACUGGACAAGGGUCUUUGAAAAGAGAGGCAUUCCAGAAGCCAGAGAAUCCAGUGAGUACAUCGUGGCCCAUGUCCUCGGAGCCAAAACAUUUCAGAGCCUGAAGCCAGUACUUUGGACACAGCCCCUGACUCCUCAGCAACUGCAGUGUAUCCAGGUUCUGUGUAGCCGCCGAUUGCAGAGGGUACCUGUGCAGUACAUCCUUGGGGAGUGGGACUUUCGGGGGCUUAGUCUGAAGAUGUUGCCCCCAGUGUUCAUUCCUCGGCCAGAAACAGAGGAACUUGUUGAAUGGGUACUGGAGGAGGUGGCCCAGAGGCCCAAUGUGGUAGAAGCCCAAGGUGGUCCCCUCAUUCUGGAGGUGGGCUGUGGAUCAGGAGCCAUCUCCCUCAGCCUACUGAGCCAACUCCCUCAGAUCCUGGCCAGAGAGGAAAAAGCUAGCCAAGUCAUUGCUGUGGAUAAAGAGGAAGCUGCCAUCAAUCUGACCUAUGAGAAUGCUCAGAGGCUACGGUUGCAGGACAGGAUUCAGAUCAUCCCCUUUGAUGUGACCUCAGUGGGGAGCUGGACACACCUUUUGCCCUGGGGCCCCAUGGACCUGAUUGUCAGCAACCCUCCCUAUAUCUUCCACCACGACAUGGAGCAGCUGGCCCCAGAGAUCCGAAGGUGCUGGGGAGUGGGUGGAAUGAGAGGGCAAGCCCUGAGAAAGCCUAGUAGAAUCGGUCCUCCCCGGAUGACCACACCAUCUGUAGGGGUAAGCUAUGAAGACCCAGUGGCCCUGGAUGGUGGGGAAGAAGGCAUGGACAUCAUUACCCAUAUCCUGACCCUGGCACCCCAAUUCCUGAAGGACUCUGGAAGCAUCUUUUUGGAAGUAGAACCGAGGCACCCAGAGCUCGUCAGCAACUGGCUUCAGAGUCAUCCUGACCUGUGCCUCAAUCUUGUGGCUGUACGUAGGGACUUCUGUGGGAGGCCCCGGUUCCUGCAUGUCCAGAGGUCUGGGCCAUAGUGUGUCUAUCAUGUGGAUGCUUGGCUAGGGCCCCAGCCUGACUGAAUGCCUGGCUGACCAUUUCUUCUUGGAAUGCUGCUAAGAGGGAGAUGAAUGGUGCUUUCCAGAAACCCAGGUGCUUGUAGCAUUUCCCAUUGUUCUGUGAUUCCCCAUGUUUUACGUUUCUAGAAAACUUGGAAACAAGGAUGAGGAUGUGCUUCCUGAACAGCUAAGGGCAGGGACAUCUAAUUUGGCUCAGAAGCUGGGCAGACCCUAGUUCCGAAUUAGCUCCAUCAAAUCAGAGUGGUCGAGGGCAGGUUGCUCUGUGUUUCUGUUAGUGGAAUUGCUGUGGAGAUAUUGGGAAGUAAAGUAUUGAGACUGACAAAUGGUGA